AUGGUGCGCCGUUCAACUUCCUCUGCCCUGCCCGCGGUGGCGGCCCUGGUGGCCCUCUACGCCUGCCGUGCCUUUGUGGGCGUUUCUCCGGCCUCACGCACGCCGAGCGUGACACGCUUUGGUGGCGGUGAGAGUGUGCCCACCGGCCUUGUUUGGCCUUCUCCUGAGGCCGAGGAGAAGCUGCGCGAGGCGUCAGCACCUUCGAUCCCAGACUAUGAAACUUUUCUUCUGGAGUUCGCUAACAUCACAAAGCCCUCAAGCGUACGACGCUGGGCAAAGACUUGGGCCUUGCCCCACAACACCAGUGUAAAGGGAAAAGCUUUGGAGCUGGGAGGUGGAGCUGGAGGCUGCCGUGCGCUUUUGGGCUUGGCGCAUGUUGUCUUCUUGUCGGACACCCCGGUGAUUGUGGGUGUCGCUGCCGACUCCGGCUGUGGAAAGUCCACCUUCCUGCGCCGCAUCCUUGGGGCCCUGGGCACCGAGGUCGCGCCAGGGCACACGGCCAUCGGCGACAUGAUGACCGUGAUCUGCCUCGACGACUACCACACCAACGACCGUGCCGGACGCAAGGCAACUGGUCUCACGGCUCUGGAUGCACGUGAGAACGACUUCGCGUUGAUGGGCGUCCAGAUCGAGGCCCUGAAGACCGGCAAGGCAGUGUACAAGCCGAUCUACAACCACGACACCGGCAACAAGGACCCCCCUGAGUUGAUCGAGCCGAACAAGGUCAUGGUCUUCGAGGGCCUGCAUCCCAUCUACGACGAGAAGGCCCGUUCCCAGCUCGACCUUGCGAUCUACAUCGACAUCGUGAACGACGUCAAGUUUGCAUGGAAGGUGCAGCGCGACGUUGCUGAGCGUGGCUGGACGGAGGAGCAGGUCCGCGAGGACAUUGAGAAGCGUCUUCCAGACUUCUCCAAGUACGUGGACCCCCAGAAGGCCAACGCCGAUGUCGUGCUCCGCUACGAGCCCUCUGACAAGGGCCUGCCCUUCCUCAAGGUCAAGCUGAUCCAGAAGAAGGAUGGCAAGUUCCCGAUGGUCACCCUCAAGAAGGACCUGAGCCUGUCGGGCAGCGAGCCAGGAGCGGUCCUGAAGAUGUAUGACGACGAGUGGUUUGGCAAUGACGUCACCGUCGUGGAGAUGGAUGGUGAGAUCGACAUGGACAACAUGGAGAGCCAGCUGAAGGAGAUUGAGGACAACCUCGAGGGCCUAGGAGCCAAGUCAUCUGGCGAGCUCACGGAGGCGAUGGUGGGCCUCAAGUCCUCUCCGGGCUCACAGAAUGGCACUGGUCUCUUGCAGACGGUGAUCGCCAUGAAGGUGCGUGAGAUCUACGAGAAGAUUACCGGCAAGGAAGCAUGA